GGAAAUUUUUACUGUAUGGGCAACACUCGGUACAACACUAGUGCGUAUUAAAAAAGAGACAAUAAAAAUGCUACAAUGCUUUUUAACUUAUUUGCCUAAAUUGCAAUCGACGCCUGUGCAUCAAUUUAUUUAAUUUGUUUAAUAAACAAACAUCAAAUUGAGCAAACAAAUAAAACCAAAUCGUAGCAAGCUAGUCGAAACUGAAAAUUGUGAUUGUGAAGAACAACACACGCGUUCUCAAAUAUUGCGUAUUCUGCUGAAAUCAUUGCGUCAAACAGUGUGUGUGUGUGGAGCAUAUUUCAAGUAAAGAAGAGCGGAUGCAAUGGGACGCCGCUGCUGCGUUGCAGAGUGUCCGUCGACGUCGCGGCUCUUGGAGCACCAUGGCGUCACUUACCACUCAUUUCCGAUAGACCCCGUAAUACGUGCUAUUUGGAUAAAGAACUCGCGCAUUAGCUUGGAGCGUCAGAUUACAAAGAGUGUGCUUGUGUGCUCGCGUCACUUUCGACGUCUCGAUUUCAAUACCAUACGGAAUGGAAAGUAUCUGCUCAAGCCGCGAGUCUUUCCCACCGUCUUCCCGUGGGGCAAAAUGGAACCCUCAGAAAUUGAGGCCGAUCAUCGUGCCCUGCAGGCUUCAGUUGAUGGCACUGGAGCCAGCGGUGCGGCAAAUAGCUCCACCAGCGAAGACGUCAUCAAGGCAACUGUUGACCAAAUUGUUAACCAAAUCAUGCAGGAAACGGACGAGCGAAAAGCAGCAGCAGCAGCGGCUGCCGCCGCAGAGGCGGCAGCCAAAGCCGAAGCUGAAGCGGAUGAAAGCCAAACGGUGGCAGCUAAGGAAGAGCCAGAAGUCGCCACGACACCAGCUGAAAGCACAGUCGCUGAUAACUUACCCGAGGCUGCACCCGCUCUAUCUGAGGCAGCUGACGAACUGUUGACAUCCGCCAAUAGCUCCGCUUCGCCAGUAUCUAUCUCGCCGCCAAAAUACGGAUCGCCUACAAACACGACCAUUGGAGCACGCCUCGAAGCGCUGAGCGUCGACGGCGUCUGGCUGCCGGCACGUAUUGUAGAAGUCAAUGAGUCGGAGCAGACGCUGCUCAUACGCUUCGAGCGCAAUAGCAAGCUGAAGUCUUCUCCGUCAACGGCUGGCGGGUAUCAGGAGUGGAUCGCCAUCAAGUCGGAGCGUCUGCGACAGCGCAUCAGCUCACGCGUGUUGCCUAUUUUCGAGAUUGAGGAGAAGUGCAUGGCACGCUGGUCGGGACCGCGAAAAUUUCCUGGUACCAUCAAGAAACUACUUGGCAACGACACUUACGAGGUGCUCUUUGACGAUGGCUACACCAAGAAUGUGCGCGCCGUGCACAUGAACAAGCUGCCGCGUCAACUGGCGGCCACAACGGCUCAUGAAGUGGACACCGAAACUGUGACGGCCACGGCCACCACAAGCUCCGUUGCACUUAAACGACCGAGUACGGGUCCUACAAGCAACAACAAGAAGAGCAAGACGGCUCCCCAACGCAAGGAUUGGCCACUGCUGGAUAUGUCCAAUUUGGACUUGGCUUCUCUGGGUUUGCCGGACAUACCACAUGAUGGAGAGUGGACUUGCCACUGGGUAAACGAUCAGCCCAUUGGCACUGAAGGCUUUCUGAUUGUGGGCGAGCAUCAGAAGCCGACGGUGAUUGUGCAGGAUUGGCGACUGCCACCUGGCUGGAUCAAGCACAUGUACCAACGGUCCAAUGUGCUUGGCAAGUGGGAUGUCAUACUGGUGUCGCCUAGCGGCAAACGUUUUCGUUCCAAGUCCGAUCUAAAGGUGUUUCUGGAGUCGCAAGGUCUGGUGUACAAUCCAGAUGUGUACGACUUUAGCAUUCAUCGACGGCGUGCCAAAGACAUAAAUGCCUAUGUGUACACCCAUGACUACAGUCCACAGCAACCGCUGAAGUCCAGACCUCAGGAUGUGUCGCUCGACAGCACAGCGAUAUCACAGGAUGCAAACAGUAGCAAGGUAUCGACGGAUACAACCGCAUCCACACCGAUCUCUACGAUUACUACGCGUCGCACUGCAGCGGAUGAAAGUCAGUACAUGGAGACACCUGUGGCCUCACUAGUGCCACCAGCAGAAUUGAUGUCGCCAUCGCCACAGGCCCGAACCAGCGAUGUCCAAUCAUCCGGCACUGAUGCAGCCGAUGCAAACGCUGUGCUGGGCAUGGAUGCACAGGGUGCCGUGCUAGUUGACGAUGGUUACGCCUUUAUUGGCGGACUCAAGGUGCAGAUAACAGACAAUUUGUUUGUGUGCCCACGUGAGGGAUGCGGCAAAACCUACCGCAAGGAGGACUUUCUGCAAAUCCACAUACGACAUUAUCACAAGGAAUUUGCCCAGCACGUCAGUCAUUGUCCCAAGAUGCAGGAAUUGGCUGUUAAGCGCACGCAUCCCUCGUCGAUUGAGCAGGGCGAACAGACGCCCAAGAACCAAAUACCCAACCAACAGUUCUUUGCCAAGCUGCACCAGCAGGACUUACAGCACUCUCGUUCCGCUAAACGACAUCCGGCGGGUACCGAGUCAUCGCCAACAGCAACUCUUGACACAUCUACAAAUAUUUCGCCCAGCAAAGCGACAUCCACGCCAAAUGUGGAAUCCCCAACUACAACAAAAGGAAUGCCUCAACAGGAUAUUAACGCUCUAGAAGCAAUUCCAACUGUUUUGCCAUCACCCAAGGAAGCUACUGCUGCUGCUGCUUUUCUUUCUGUAGAGCCAGCUAAAGUUAGCACACCAGAAGUCGUUCCGACUUCAUCCAGUCGUUCCUCUAAACGGGCACGACCUUCAUCCAACAGACGUCUGUCUGGCGCACGCAAGAGCAGCCGACAACGCACUCAGCGUCGACAAGCAAAUACACCAAGAAGCAAAACAGCGGCUAGUAACUUGCUGGCAACUGGCAUUAAUUAUGAGGAUACGCUUUUGUCGACGCCCACGCCGGAGGUUCGCAAUGAAGCCAAGAAGCGACGCAUUGCAGUAUCCGGCACUCCGAUUGGUUCGCCUGCCCACAUCGAUUCUGGGUCGACACCGUCAUCCAAUGAUCUGGUGGACAUAAAUGCAGCAUUGGCGCCACCACCGCCCAGUCAGACUCCGCAGUACAUCAAGGAGAACGGCGAGCUAAUACGUAUUGUGCGCAUGAGGCAGGAAGAGAUCAUAAAUUGCAUUUGCGAGUAUGGCGAAGAAGAUGGCCUGAUGAUACAAUGUGAGCUCUGUCUGUGCUGGCAGCAUGGCGCCUGUAACGGCAUUGUCAAGGAGUCAGACGUUCCGGACAAGUAUGUCUGCUAUAUAUGUCGAAAUCCGCAGCGUGUCCGCGAUUCGAUGCGCUUUAAGCAUGAUCAGGACUGGCUUUUUGAGGGCAAGCUGCCCGUGGCUGGAUAUCAUACGCCUAAUCCCCAAACAUCCAAGAAAUGCGAGCUUUUAAAGCGUUCGCACACGCUGACAGGCAAUCUGUUGGACGCUAAGCGUUCCAUGCAUUCCUUGUUGGUCAAGAUCAAUAUUGCUCGCAAUCGCUGUCACCCCAAACUGUAUCUGUGGGCCAAGAAGUGGGACGAAGAUCACAUAGAUAACUCGAAUACGCCGGUUAAACGCCCAAAGGCCGUUCAGAACGAUUGGCCACAUGUGCCGCAACCGGAGGCCGCUAUCGAUCCUGAGGAGUGCCAGUACCGUCUGAUCGAGCACGUCAAAGUGCAGCAAUCAUUAUUGUUGAAUCGCCUGAACGAUAUCGAAGGAGAAAUGGAUGAACUGGAAAAGGAAGACAACCUUCCCGAUUUAAAGGACGCAAAUAUGUCGACCACCAAAGAAGCAUUAGCCACAUUCAUCAAGGAAUUGGAGACGUUAAAACGUCUUGCUAAGCUUAACAAAGUGGCUAACAUGAAGAUCACACUGAAGGAAAAAGAAGCAGCGUCCGAAAUUGCUCAAUUGUGAACAGAGUUGGACCUGAAUCUAAUGCAAAAAUAUAACUCAGAUUACUAAUAAAUGCUUAUUAGUUUAAAAUGUUACACAAAUAAAAAUGUAUAUAAAUUAAAACCGUUCAAAAAUCGACUCUUGAGCGCGGA